AUGGAGACGCAAAGUAUGCAGUCAUUGCGAGAAGGCCCUGGCCCGUUUAGCCAGAUUGCCAGUAGUGGCAAAAAUGAGCAAACAGUUUACCCAGCUGAUGAUGGUUGGGUGAUUCGAGUUUACCACGAUUAUGAAGCGAAUGACGCCACAUUCCAAUCUGUCAUGUGCAAUGCUAGCUGCCAAUUCGGAAACAUAGAUUUUUGCAACGUCAAACAUCUUCAAGCACCGCUCGAUGCAUAUGCUUCACCCAGCAAGUUAAAUUCCAUCGCUGCGGAUCCCGUUAUGAACAGGUAUCCUGGCGGAAAUCCCGUUGAAACAGCCCGGGAAGUGGAAUACGAAUGGUACGGCAGGAACAAGAACUUCUUUCACAUCCCCAGCAGGAGCCUGUGCUUGGGAAAGCUAUAA